AUCCCGGCUGUCCUCGGGGGCGGGGCCCUCAUUCUCGCCCCCCAUCUUACCCUCUCCCCCCAACCCCAGCCACCCCGGCUGCCCAGCUCCUCUCCUCUGUCCGCCUUUCCAUCCCUCCAUCAGUCUGUCCCUGCGAAGAGGGGGAGGGGGGUACCUGAACCAGCAAGCAGCCCCUCCCUCCCCCGUCCUGCGUCUCCCGCCCCUCUCUUGGGCUGGGGGGAGGUCAGGGUCGUGCGGGUCCCCAUGGCCGGGGGCUGAGGGCCCGCCCCCUCCUCCCCAGCCGCCACCACCUCCACCUCCCUUCCAUCCUCGACAAGAUGCCUGCCCCAGGCGCCCUCAUCCUCCUCGCGGCCGUCUCCGCCUCCGGCUGCCUGGCGUCUCCGGCCCAUCCCGAUGGAUUCGCCUUAGGCCGGGCCCCUCUGGCCCCUCCCUACGCUGUGGUCCUCAUUUCCUGCUCUGGCCUAUUGGCCUUCAUCUUCCUCCUCCUCACCUGUCUGUGCUGCAAAAGGGGUGAUGUCGGUUUCAAGGAGUUUGAGAACCCUGAAGGGGAGGACUGCUCCGGGGAGUACACGCCCCCUGCGGAGGAGACCUCCUCCUCACAGUCGCUGCCGGAUGUCUACAUCCUCCCGCUGGCUGAGGUCUCCCUGCCAAUGCCUGCCCCGCAGCCUUCACACUCAGCCGACAGCACCUCAGCUACCUGCAAGAGAUCGGGAGUGGCUGGUUUGGGAAGCCUCCCCGUCCACCUCCCCAGCACCCACCCACCACCUCCCCCGCAUCUGUCGGUCAGCGCCUCUCUCCUCAUUCCAUUGACCACUCCGCCUUGCCAUCCGGCUCUCCACGCGUCCGUCCGUCUGUCCAUCCUUCCAUCCGUCCUGCGUCCAUCGGACUCUGGGCCCGUGAUCCUGGGAGAGAUCUUCUCCGACUACACCCCGGCCCAGGUGGUGGUGAAGGAGCUCCGGGCCAGUGCCGGGCCACUGGAGCAGCGGAAGUUCAUCUCGGAAGCCCAGCCUUACAGGAGCCUGCAGCACCCCAACGUCCUCCAGUGCCUGGGCCUGUGUGUGGAGACGCUGCCUUUCCUGCUGAUUAUGGAGUUCUGCCAGCUGGGGGACCUGAAGCGGUACCUCCGGGCCCAGCGGCCCCCCGAGGGCCUGUCCCCCGAACUGCCCCCGCGCGACCUGCGGACACUGCAGAGGAUGGGCCUGGAGAUCGCCCGGGGCCUGGCGCACCUGCACUCGCACAAUUACGUGCACAGUGACCUGGCCCUGCGUAACUGCCUGCUGACUUCUGACCUCACGGUGCGCAUCGGAGACUAUGGGCUGGCGCACAGCAACUAUAAGGAGGAUUACUACCUGACCCCCGAGCGCCUGUGGAUCCCGCUGCGCUGGGCAGCGCCCGAGCUCCUCGGGGAGCUGCACGGCACCUUCAUGGUGGUGGACCAGAGCCGCGAGAGCAACAUCUGGUCUUUGGGGGUGACCCUGUGGGAGCUGUUUGAGUUUGGGGCACAGCCCUACCGCCACUUGUCAGAUGAGGAGGUCCUUGCCUUUGUUGUCCGACAGCAGCACGUCAAGCUGGCCCGGCCAAGGCUCAAGCUGCCCUACGGGGACUACUGGUAUGACAUCCUGCAGUCCUGCUGGCGGCCCCCGGCCCAGCGCCCCUCGGCCUCCGACCUCCAACUGCAGCUCACCUACCUGCUCUCGGAGCGGCCCCCCAGACCCCCACCCCCGCCGCCCCCACCCCGAGAUGGUCCCUUCCCCUGGCCCUGGCCUCCAUCACACAGUGCGCCACGCCCGGGGACCCUCUCCUCUCCAUUCCCCCUUCUGGAUGGCUUCCCCGGGGCGGACCCAGAUGAUGUGCUCACAGUCACCGAGAGCAGCCGUGGCCUCAACCUGGAGUGCCUCUGGGAGAAGGCCCGGCGUGGGGCCGGCCGGGGUGGGGGGGCACCUGCCUGGCAGCCAGCAUCGGCGCCCCCAGCCCCCCACGCCAACCCCUCCAACCCUUUCUACGAGGCGCUGUCCACGCCCAGCGUGCUGCCGGUCAUCAGCGCCCGCAGCCCCUCGGUCAGCAGCGAGUACUACAUCCGCCUCGAGGAGCAUGGCUCUCCGCCCGAGCCCCUCUUCCCCAACGACUGGGACCCCCUGGACCCAGGCCUGCCUGCUGCUCAAGCCCCCCAGGCCCCCUCCGAGGUCCCUCAGCUGGUGUCCGAGACCUGGGCCUCCCCCCUCUUCCCUGCGCCCCGGCCCUUCCCAGCCCAGUCCUCAGCAUCUGGCAGCUUCCUGCUGAGCGGCUGGGACCCCGAGGGCCGGGGCGCUGGGGAGACCCUGGCAGGAGACCCCGCCGAGGUUCUGGGGGAGCGGGGUACUGCUCCGUGGGCCGAAGAAGAGGAGGAGGAAGAGGGCAGCUCCCCAGGGGAGGACAGCAGCAGCCUCGGGGUAGGGCCCAGCCACCGGGGGCCCCUGCCCUGUCCCCUGUGCAGCCGAGAGGGGCCCUGCUCCUGCCUGCCACUGGAGCGGGGGGACGCUGUGGCCGGCUGGGGGGGCCACCCUGCCCUUGGCUGUCCCCACCCCCCAGAGGACGACUCAUCCCUGCGGGCAGAGCGGGGCUCCCUGGCCGACUUGCCCUUGGCCCCCCCCGCAUCAGCUCCCCCCGAGUUUCUGGACCCCCUCAUGGGGGCCGCAGCACCCCAGUACCCCGGGCGGGGACCACCUCCCGCUCCUCCGCCCCCACCGCCACCUCCCCGGGCAUCCGCAGAACCAGCCGUGACUCCCGACCCCCCAUCGGCCGUGGCCAGUCCAGGCUCAGGCCUGUCGUCUCCGGGCCCCAAGCCGGGGGACAGCGGCUACGAGACCGAGACCCCUUUUUCCCCCGAGGGAGCCUUCCCAGGUGGGGAGGCAGCCGAGGAGGAAGGGGUCCCUCGGCCUCGGGCUCCCCCCGAGCCACCCGACCCAGGAGCGCCCCGGCCACCCCCAGACCCGGGUCCCCUCCUACUCCCAGGGACCCGGGAGAAGCCAACCUUCGUAGUUCAAGUGAGCACCGAGCAGCUGCUGAUGUCCCUGCGAGAAGAUGUGACAAGGAACCUCCUAGGGGACAAGGGGGCGACACCCCGGGAAACAGGACUCAGGAAGGCGGGGAGAGGCCCCGGGAACAGAGAGAAAGUCCUGGGCCUGAACAGGGACCUGCCAGUCCUGGGCAGCGGGAAGAAAGCCCCAAGCCUAAGCCUACCCGUGAACGGGGUGACAGUGUUGGGGAACGGGGCCCAGAGAGCCCCGGACAUCGAGGAGAAGCCUGCAGAGAACGGGGGCCUGGGGUCCCCAGAGAGAGAAGUGAAAGUGCUGUCGAAUGGGGAGCUGACACCUCCAAGGAGGGAGGAGAAGGCCUUGGAGAAUGGGGGGCCGAGGUCCCCAGAGGCCGGGGAGAAGGUUCUGGCGAAUGGGGGGCCGAUACCCCCCGGGAUCGAGGAGAAGGUCUCAGAGAAUGGGCUCCUGAGGUUCCCCAGGAACACGGAGAGGCUGACAGAGACUGGGCCUUGGAGAGCCCCAGGGCCCCGGGAGAAGACGCCCGAGAGUGGGGAGCCAGCCCCCGAGACCCCGCUGGAGAGAGCCCCUGUGCCCAGCGAGGUGGCCCUGCUCCAGAACGGCUUGGAGACAGCUCCUGGCCCCCUUGGCCCAGCCCCCAAGAUCGGGAUGCUGGACCCCGGGAAAGAGAGGAGAGCCCACGAGACUGGGGGGGUGCCGAGAGCCCCCGGGGCUGGGAGGCUGGACCUCGGGAGUGGGGGCCGAGCCCCAGUGGGCAUGGGGAUGGCCCCCGGCGGCGGCCUCGGAAGCGGCGUGGACGCAAAGGUCGGAUGGGUAGACAGCAAGAAGCCACAGCCGCUGCCACCGCUACCACCCCCGGAAGCCCACCCGAGGAGGCCAGAGCCAGUGUCCCCGAGGGUCAGGCCCGAGGUGGCCCCCGAGGGAGAGCCCGGGGUCCCAGACAGCAGAGCCGGCGGAGACACGGCACUCAGCGGAGACGGGGACCCCUCCAAGCCCGAGAGGAAGGGCCCCGAGAUGCCACGGCUGUUCUUGGACUUGGGACCCCCACAGGGGAACAGCGAGCAGAUCAAAGCCAAGCUCUCGCGCCUGUCGCUGGCGCUGCCGCCGCUCACGCUCUCGCCGUUCCCGGGCCCGGGCCCGCGGCGGCCCCCAUGGGAGGGCGCGGACGCCGGGGCGGCUGGCGGGGAGGCCGGCGGGGCGGGGUCGUCGGGGCCGGCGGAGGAGGACGGGGAGGACGAGGACGAGGACGAGGAGGAGGAGGACGCGGCGGCGGGGCCGCGGGGCCCCGAGAGGACGCGGGCAGCCCCGGUGCCCGUCGUGGUGAGCAGCGGCGACGCGGACGCGGCCCGCCCGCUGCGGGGGCUGCUCAAGUCUCCGCGCGGGGCCGACGAGCCAGAGGACAGCGAGCUGGAGAGGAAGCGCAAGAUGGUCUCCUUCCACGGGGACGUGACCGUCUACCUCUUCGACCAGGAGACGCCAACCAACGAGCUGAGCGUCCAGGGGCCCCCCGAGGGGGACACGGACCCGUCAACGCCCCCAGCGCCCCCGACGCCUCCCCACCCCGCCACCCCCGGAGAUGGGUUUCCCAGCAACGACAGCGGCUUUGGAGGCAGUUUCGAGUGGGCGGAGGAUUUCCCCCUCCUCCCCCCGCCAGGGCCCCCCCUGUGCUUCUCCCGCUUCUCCGUCUCGCCUGCGCUGGAGACCCCGGGGCCCCCCGCCCGGGCCCCCGACGCCCGGUCCGCAGGCCCCGUGGAGAAUUGAUUCCCCAAAGACCUGACCCCCCUGCACCCCCUGAAGAGGGGCUGAGAGUAGAAUCCUCUGUGGAUGACGGAGCCACUGCCACCACUGCAGAUGCCACCACCACCGCCUCCGGGGAGGCUCCCGAGGGUGGGUCCUCCCCCUCCCCCUCCCCCUCCUCCACCACGUGCCAAACAGGAGGCCCUGGCCCUCCACCCCCCAGCCCCCCAGACAGCUCCCCAGACCCCCCAGACCCCCUUGGUGCCAAAUGAGGCAAGAAGCCCUUCGCCCUUCCUGGAGAGCCGCUUUCUCAGAACUGAACUGAACUCUUUGGGCCUGGAGCCCCGGGCACAGUGGAGGCCCCUUCUCACUCACUCCCGCCCCGAACAGGGGCGGCAGGCUUCGGGGACCUGGACUCCAUCUCCAUCUCCCUUGCCCUUCCCAGCCCGGCCCCCAGAGGGGCCUCUGGUUCAACCUUCGCGUGGCAUUUUCACAUUAUUUAAAAAAGACAAAAACAACUUUUUGGAGGAA